GCGGGGUUCACCACCGUCGGCUUUGACAUUCCGACUACAUGCUACACUUACUUGUGUAAUUACUUCAAAAUCCAACCUGAGUUCUAUGCUUCUCCCCGACAAUCAAUCCUUUUCGACUCCUCAACAUGCCCCACCUCGCGAAACUGAUGCCGAAUUACGUGACAGCGACAAUCGCCUUAUCUUUUGGAGGCUUCCUCAAUGGCUUUGAUACAGGAACCAUCGGCUCAGUAGUGCACAUGAAGCAGUUUGCGACCACAUUCGGCGAUCUGUCUGCGACCGUCCGAGGUAUCACGGUUUCCAUGAUCUUGUUGACUGGCAUCAUUCCCUCGUUGCUCGCUGGUCAGCUGGCAGACAAGUACGGACGAUUGCGCAUCAUAUCACCUGGCGCCGCACUAUUUGCUCUCGGCGCUCUCCUGCAGACGACAUCCUUCAGCCUGGGCCAGUUCAUCCUAGGCCGAGCUGUCAGCGGCAUUGGUCAGGGCAUCUUCCUCGGCAACAUCGCUGUCUACCUCGCUGAGAUAGCCCCCUCCCGUCGAAGAGGUCGCCUCGCCGCUUUGCCUCAGUUCAUGGCAACUCUCGGCAUUUGUAUCGGAUACUUCUCUUGCUACACUACGAGCUCUAUUGAAGACAGCACCGCGUGGCGUCUUCCGUAUGUUGUCCAAAUUGCAGUCUCAAUCAUGCUCGCGCUCGUUUGCAGGUCUCUCCCCGAGUCGCCACGGUGGCUGCUGCUCUGGGGCACGACGCAAGAAGCAGUGAUGGCUCUCGAGCUGCUUGAUUUCGACAUGGAUGAGGCUCGACGCGACUUCCUCAACAUGCCUCAGGAGCAGCCUAGUCUUUCCACGAGGCAGAACUUCCUUUUACCUUUCCGUGGGCCGUACCGGUCCAGAACUCUGCUGGCGCUCUUUGUUCUGUCGAUGAUCCAAUUAUCGGGAAUCGAUGCGAUAACUUAUUACGCGCCCGCAUUGUUCGACCAGGCUGGAAUCUCACAGUCCAACUCUUCGCUCAUCGCAUCUGGCGUUUCUUCCAUCACGAUGCUGGUGGUGUCUAUCCCAGCAUCCAUCCUGGCAGACAAAUGGGGAAGACGAACCUCGGCAAUCAGUGGCGGCGUUAUUCUCUCCGGACUUAUGAUGCUCAUGGGGAGCCUUUACGCAGCUGGCGCGGUUGGCCCCACAGGAGCUGCUCGCUGGGUUGUCGUAAUUUCAGUUUUCGCAUUUGGCAUGGUCUACUGUGCUACCUGGAACGUCGUCGGAAAGAUCUAUGCUAGUGAGAUUCUGCCUGGCAACACCAGAGCUGCGGGCAAUUCGAUUGGAAUGGCAUCUUCAUUCUUCACCAAUUGGCUGGUGGCACUUAUCACUCCGAUCCUCUUAUCCGCUUCAGCAUAUGGCGCUUACUUUCUCUUCGGCGGUCUGACUGUCAUCACGGCGAUUGUUCUCACUGUCUUCAUGCCCGAAACUCGUGGGCGAUCACUUGAAAGCAUACAGAGUGAGUUCAGACGACCGGUAUUCACCAGCUUGAUGGGGUCACUUUGCGCUCCGCGGGCCCGGCACCGAAACCCACAAUCCCAGUCAAACCCUGACACGCCGAUUGAGCUGCUGGCCCGGGCAUCGGAACCGUCAUCAACGGCGGCAGUCUCUUCAAGCAUUGCAGCUUGAAUACUCCAAUUAGACUAUCACCGCGGAGGCGGAGCAAGGUGGUGUUGGAAGGUUUUCGAACCGACUCCGACCUCCGUGAAGUACGAGCUGGCAUCAUUGCACUGGAUUUUCACGUUCAUCGUUUAUCGGAUGAGUCUCAACAUGGCGAAAUUGAAUCUACCUUAGAGCCCGAUUGAUUAUCUUUUUACUUGGCACUAAUGCUCUUCUCGCCGUGGAGGUGGGAAAGCAAUUCCUCUCUUCGAACAAGCUGUGGAA